UCAAAGUGGAUAUUUAUAUAUCCACCUUGUCUGUACUAUUAUUAUUCCAUGGGGUUAGGUUAGGGGGUUAGGUUACUCAUGGAUAAUAAUAAACUGUCAGAUCACGAUAACAAAGAAGAGGCUGUAAUAUUCCGUGGUUGUCGGAUUAUUAGUAAGUAUUGUCUAUGGUUCGUGAAAUGAACUUGUAUCCUACUGGACUACUCAUUAUGAAACCGUAACGAAAUCCAUUACUUCAUCGUGGAAAGUAAGAACCAUUUAUUCAAAAAUGAGUUCGCCUAAUACUGAUGCCCUGUCUCCAAGAAUAAAAAAGAAAAAAUUAGACAGUCUAGAGUUAGAUGAAGUAGAACAUGAAUCGGAUUCGGAAUCAUUAACAGUUGAUGAUGGUCCUUGUGAUUGUUGUGAUACUGAUUGUCCUGGAUGUUUUCUACCAUGUGAAUCGUGUAGAUCAGUCAAAUGUGGUCCCCAAUGUCGUGUUGGCCGUGAAUGGAAGUAUGAAAGUGUUAUAAUUCAAGGAAAGUAAAUUAUUUCCUAUUUUACC